AUGAGCUUCUCCCUGCUACAAGCCCUCUUCGCUCUCUCCGCCACGGCGGCCACAGCCGCUCAAACCACCUACUACCUCACUACCACAGCCAUCGUCACCGACCCGGCAACCAACGUCUCCGCUCUCCAGUGCUGGCGAUUCACCACACCCCUCGAGGUCCCCUCCACCCCCGGAAUAACCGGCACCCAGCUCUUUCAACUCAACUUGUCCAGCGCAGCCGAGUACACCGUCAUCCCCCCGCGCUUCGACGGCGGCCUGCACAAUGCUCCGCAUAAUCAACUCGUAGCCUUCACCUCCGGCCUCGCACACAUCACACUCCCCGGCAACUCCACCGACGAAGCAUGGGUCGUCGGCGGCGAGACAGGCCUCAUCGUCGCCGUCGACACCGUCGGAUCCGGCCACUACACCCGCUACCCGACCGACCAGGCGACCGUGGCCUUCGCGCUGCCGUUCGAGAACGACGAACCGCCGCCGCAUGAGGUCAAUUCGACCGGUGCGUGCGACCAUCGGAGUGGGUCGCAGUUGGUGCUCUGA